UUCCUUCUGUUUAUUCUUGCUUUUGCACCCUUUUUUUUUUCUUGUAGAUACCCUCUGAUAAUCAAUCGAUAUACUUCAACCACUUCAACGCUAGGGUCAGAGAUGAUGCAGGUUUCGGUGAAACUACUUCGCGCUACACAAGGCCGCUACUCAGUAUCUAUGCAGGAACAUUUUGCCAGAUCAGUCUUGUCUGCUGUGGGCCUAGAGGCGUCUUGGCGCUAUCACGUCAACCAAGGAACUCAUAUCUACCUGACAUACAUGUACCUCUACAACUUUUCUCCCGAUUUGCUUGUGUCGAUUGCGCCCUUUCCGCCUUUUCAGUGUUUUUCGGAAGAAGCAUCGAUAUAUUGCCGCUUUGCUGGAACGUGACCCCGCCGUCUCCACAUUUCGAUCCGGUGUCGGCACUCCCGCAUUAACAAGCAAUCGAGGGCGGUGGUCGUCUUUGACAGCAACCAUGGGAGUAGAUAGUGAAAUCGAGGCUCCGGAGCAUGGUCUUAAAAGGACUUUGAAAGACUUGUUCUCGGGAGCAACGGGCGGUGUUGCUCAGGUAUUAUUGGGUCAACCAUUCGACAUUGUCAAGGUCAGGCUCCAGACCACACAGCAAUAUUCGGGAGCAUUGGAUGCGGCAACCAAAAUCUACAAGAGCGAAGGGCCGUUAGCUUUCUACAAGGGAACGCUCACUCCGUUGAUAGGUAUAGGUGCCUGCGUAUCUGUUCAGUUUGGAGGAUUCCACUACGCACGAAGAGCAUUUGAAGCGCAGAACACGACCAAGACCGGCAACCAUCAACUAUCUUACGCACAGUACUAUGCAUCAGGAGCGUUUGCCGGUAUAGCCAACACAGUUCUAUCCAGCCCCAUUGAGCACAUCCGCAUCAGGUUGCAGACACAGCCGCAUGGCGCAGGGCGUCUUUACAAUGGCCCCAUCGACUGCGUCAAGAAGCUCUCGGCGCAUGAAGGCCUUCUCCGAGGACCAUACCGAGGCACGGCAGUCACGUUCAUGAGAGAAGCUCAAGCGUACGGUGUUUGGUUCACUGCGUACGAAUACAUGAUGAACAAGGAUGCCCAACGCAACAACAUUGAUCGUUCCGAAAUCAGCACUCUCAAGGUGGCCUUCUACGGUGGACUCGCCGGUGAAGCGCUCUGGAUCAGCAGCUACCCAUUCGAUGUGGUCAAGAGCAAGAUGCAGAGUGACGGUUUCGGGGAGAAUCAAAAGUACAAGAGCAUGCGGGACUGCUUUGCCAAGACGUGGAGAGCGGAAGGCAUGGGGGGAUUCUGGAGAGGCGUCGGGCCGACCUUACUCAGGGCCAUGCCGGUUAGCGCGGGGACGUUUGCGACAGCUGAAAUCACAAUGCGUCUUAUCAACUAG